AUGGAAUUGCAUCCAUAUUUAGAUGCACUUCCUUAUUAUGAAAAAUGGUACCAAGAAGAGGAUCGUGCAGUAGCAACGCAGCUUGUAGAAGCUGAAGUAGUAAGGUCCGGUGGAAGAAAGCCUCCUAAGCCUUCUCUGGAUGAUUUUACUACACCCUUCAAAAUUUCUGAGCGAAUGCAAAAUGCUGUUGAAGCAGCCGGCAGAGGAGAGAAACUACAAUCCAUUGAUAUAAACCGUUACAUCAACUUACAAGCUCCAGGGAAUCCUGGAAGCCUAAUACAAUCAGCAGUAGCUUUGGAAUACCUGAGAUCGCGGGAAGACAAUUUGGAGUUGCUGAGAAAACAUGGCGAAAGUGCCUGGAAGAAUCACAUUAAUGCAUUGAAAGAGACAUUGCAGUACAUGGAACGUGAGAUUCAGACUACCAGAAAGAAAUCUCAAGUAUGCAACCGAAAACGAAAGCAUUACCAAUUGGAGAUUGGAGAAAGACUUGCAGAUCAAGAAACUCAAUUUGGCAACUUAUUGUUGAACUCAAUCCAGUGUUGCGUUGCUACGGCUUUGACAAGUCGGUAG